UCUCCUUUUGCCCCGCGGAGGCCGAGCGGGGCGGUGUGGGGCCUCAGCGCUGCCGGUGUGCCCUCUUUCUCUCUGACCUUGCAGAAAAAUGGCAGUUGACUUCCUUUUGGAUGAGAAGAUCUGGUUUGAGAAGUUUAAGUAUGAUGAUGCUGAGAGAAGGUACUACGAGCAGCAGGUGAACGGGCCGGCCGGCAGCUCUUCACACCAGCAGGAGAACGGAGCCAGCACGAUCCUCCGCGACAUUGCCAGAGCCAGGGAGAAUAUCCAGAAAUCGCUGGCCGGACAGAAGACAGGUCCACGUAGUAAAGAAGCUCCUGCCCGUCAAAAGAGGCAGUCAGGCCGCUCAACUAGUGCAAGCACGAGUUCUGGUGACCAAAAUGAACUUCUUUCCAGAAUCUCUCACCUGGAGGUAGAAAAUCAAAACCUUCACAAUGUUGUUGCAGAUCUCCAGAAGGCCAUUUUCAAGCUGGAAAGUCGCCUAAAUGCUCUGGAAAAAUCUACCUCCCAUCAACCCUCACCUGUUCCACCAACCCAGAAAGUGGAGCCAUUCGGUGUUCCCUCCAAGAAAGUAGAGCUGCCAUCUGCUUCACCUGCAAAGAAAGCUGAGCCAGCUGCUGCAGAGGAAGAUGAUGAUGAUGACGACAUCAACCUUUUUGGCAGCGAUGACGAAGAGGAAGAUCAAGAGGCUGCCAAAGUGCGGGAGGAGAGACUGCGUCAGUAUGCAGAAAAGAAGGCCAAGAAACCAGGUCUGAUUGCCAAAUCUUCCAUCCUUCUGGACGUGAAGCCGUGGGAUGAUGAGACUGACAUGGCGAAGAUGGAGGAGUGUGUGCGGUCUGUCCAAAUGGAUGGGCUCGUGUGGGGAGCAUCUAAACUGGUCCCAGUAGGUUAUGGCAUUAAGAAACUCCAAAUCCAGUGUGUAGUAGAGGAUGAUAAAGUCGGGACAGACAUCCUGGAGGAGGAGAUCACCAAGUUUGAGGACUAUGUGCAAAGUGUUGACAUUGCUGCUUUCAACAAGAUCUAGAAGCAAACCUAUUCUCUGUGAUACUGUAACUAAUAAAAAGAUCAAGGAGUGCA